AAGUAGCAUAUGCACAACAAAGCAAAGUUAAAUUAAAAUAACAAAGCCAUUAUUCAAGUUUAUCAAUUAGUGACUAAGCCACUAACCGCCGUAAGACUCUAUUACAACGGACGACACUCACCGCAAUCAACUUAAAUCAGAAUGCAUCGUUUCACAAUGAAAUGUGUAAAUCAUUGCAUAUUUUUAAUUAUAGCAGCUGUUAUUGCUUGUGCAGUUGCUGAUGAUGAAAGUAAACGACCUCAUCAGAGUAGCUUAUUGAACCUGUAUCCACCAUUCGGUUACUACGAUGAUGGCACCGAUCCUGGAGAACCGCUUUUCCUUACUCCAUUGUUGAAUAAUGGUUCCAUGUCCAAGCAAAAUGUACAAAGAAUGGCACGUGUCACGGGCUCACAGUUCCUCGAUGUGGAGAGUUAUGCCGGGUAUCUGACAGUUGACAAAGUAUACAAUUCGAAUUUGUUCUUCUGGUAUUUUCCUGCCGAGGAAAAUCCCAAAACAGCUCCCGUUGUACUCUGGCUUCAAGGAGGACCCGGAGCUUCAUCCUUGAUAGGUUUAUUUCUUGAAAAUGGGCCGCUAAAAUUAUUUACGGAAGACAGCCUGCAAAAAAGGAAAUAUGCCUGGAACAGGAACCACAACUUGAUCUUCAUUGAUAGUCCUGUGGGUACCGGCUUCAGCUUCACGGAUCAUGAGGAGGGUUACGCACGAAACGAAUGCGAUGUGGGUCGAGAUCUACAUGAGGCUGUGAUUCAGCUCUAUAAAUUAUUCGAUUGGAGCAACAGCUCGGGUUUUUGGAUCACAGGCGAAUCCUAUGCGGGGAAAUAUGUGCCUGCCUUGGCCUAUCAUAUACAUAAGGCGCAGCAUUCAUUUGACUUCCAUGGUUUUCAUAUACCUCUUAAGGGCAUGGCCAUAGGCAAUGGACUCUCUGAUCCGGUGAAUCAGCUUAAAUACGGUGAUUAUCUCUAUCAAUUGGGCCUGAUUGAUGAAAACGGACUGGAGGCCUUCCAUAAAGCAGAGACAGCAGGAGUAGAUUGCAUUCAAAAUAACGACAUGGACUGUGCUUUCGAUAUAUUUGAUUCUCUCAUUUUGGGCAAUAUGCCCAAAGGAUCAAUUUUCAAAAACCUAACGGGCUUUAAUUGGUACUACAAUUACUUGCAGGCCCAUGACGACGACUUUUUCAUAAAGUUGGGCAAGUUUUUGCAAUCUGGUGCUACUCGUCGUGCUAUCCAUGUGGGAAAUAAACCCUUCCAUGAUAUGGAUAAGGAGAAUAAGGUGAAGAGUUAUUUAAAACAAGACUAUAUGGACAGUGUGGCGCCUUGGAUUGAGGAACUGCUGAAAUUCUAUCCCAUCUGCAUGUACAGUGGACAGCUAGAUAUCAUUAUUGCCUAUCCUCUAACCCGAAACUAUCUGAAACUUCUGAAAUUCCCGGGCUCCGAUCUUUAUAAAAACGCACCCCGUAAAAUCUGGCGAGUUGAUGGCGAGUUGGCUGGUUACGUUAAGCAAGCUGGUAAUCUGAUUGACAUAUUGGUUCGAAAUGCCGGCCAUAUGGUUCCAUAUGAUCAGCCCAAAUGGACCUAUGAAAUGAUAUAUCACCUGACUCAUCAAAAACACCCAAUGUAAAAUUUUAAUCAAUUGAAUACAGUAUUUCGAAAUACUAAGAGUAUCACAAAA